UUGUUCAGCGCAGCUACAGUAUUUUUCGCAAUUAAUUUUAAAAAUUUCUGAAUGGUAUGCGCUACUCACGUUACAUGUAUUCGAUUUAGGAAGUUACAGCAACGUGCUUAGCGCUCAUUUCUUUAAUCGUGAUAACAUUCAAUCUGUAUGCAACUGCUACGCGUCGCUUCCACUAUGUCUUACCAAGGAUCGCCAUACUCAGGCCCCGGGGACGAAUAUGACUUCGAGGACGACGGGUACGACGAUUUGGACGAGUACAGGGACCCAGAAGAGCCAUUGCAGACCCCGGCCAUGGACGACAGCGACGAAGAUACAGAGGAGGCAAGCGAGACAGAUCUACCAAACAAUGAUGAGCCUGUUGAAGUUAAAGAGCAUGUCCCAUGUUCCUCAAGGAUGUACCAGGACAAGCUGAUAAACUUGAAGAAGCAGCUGCAACAGCUGGAGGAUAAUGUGCACCCCGAGCUGCUGCGGAGGGUCAAGCGGCUGGAGCACCAGCUGCACGAGCGACUGCGGCUGAACAGGCUAUACAAAGAUCACAUGUUUGAUGUGGUUGAGAGAGAAUACAUAGCAGAGAAGAAGGCUGCAGCAAAAGAAUUUGAAGAGAAGAAAGUGGAGUUGAGGGAGAAUCUAAUCAAUGAUUUUGAGGAAAAGAAGAAACUCAUUGAAAGUGAAAGAAAUACAAUGGAACUCAAUGGAGACUCAAUAGAGGUAAAACCGCCCAUGAAGCGCAUUUUAAGGCGGCGGGCGAACGAGCCCGCACCCGCGCCGGAGAAGCGCCGCAAGCCGCUAGCGACGACGCUGACGUUCCAGCUGGACGAGCGAGACAUCGACGCCGACCUGCGGGCCAUCGCGCGCGACCCGCACCCCGCGCACGCCGCACACCCCGCGCACACCGCACACCCGGCGCACCCUAGACGUCCGCACAGCACAUUAUCCGGUUCAUCCCCGGUCCGGGAAGACGUAGAACCGCGGGAGUCGCGCGGGGAGUCCCGGGACACGCGCGUGGAGGACGGCAAGCUGCUGUACGAGCGGCGGUGGUUCCACCGCGGCCAGAGCGUGUACGUGGAGGGGCGGGACAUGCCGCGCUUCCCCGCCCACAUACACAGCAUCGCGGAUGAGUCGAUACUCGUCAAGAAGACAAACUUGGAUCGAGUUCGGUUGUUCAUAUCGGACCUCGCGCGCGGUAAAGUGACGAUAAAACGACGCGCGUCGUAAUACCCAGUGUGUGUGUUAGUAAUAGUAUGUGAGUGACUGUGUACUGUGACUAUAAUAUUAUACUAUAACUGGAGGCUGAUUUUAGUCUCCCGCUAACCGUUCGUUGACCGUCAAGACCACCAAUGAAGUGAAUACCAAUGAAAUUAGAAAAGAAAACCAACCCUUUAGAUAGUUGAAUGUCAUUUAAUUUCGUUGCCUUUUCGUUCGUUGUUGCGUUUGUUGCGUUCAAAGUAAACAUUGCAACAUCUACCUGAAGACGUAGGAUUCAAAAAUUGUUAUUAGAGUAGCUGAUAUCCCUGCCAAAAAUCAUUAAGUUUAAUGGUGGUUACAGAGAGGCAUAUACGCCAAAAGAUGGUUAGAAUAUCGGUUUUUCUGAUGAUGUAAUUUCUGUCAUUUUCUUACAUAAAAGUGAUAAAUCUAUAUGUAUCACACUUGAAAAUUGUGACGUCCAAACUCAUAGUUGAAAGUAAAACAGUUCCUCAAAUACUGGUACAAUAUUUUUUUUAGCAAUAUAGCUUCUAUAGUGCAACAUUGUGAUCAUUUUAAACA